CGUUCGCGUCCACCUCGUCUACGAUAGGGGGAAAUGCACCACGACGCAUUGUGCCCCUAUACAACCUUUCUGCUCAUAAUGUCAUGCCAAAUUACAUUUGUGAUGCCGGGACAGAUGCCAAGGUCGCAAAAUUCCAGAAACGUGGGCUUGAGGUUAUACGUGUAGGUACUUGGGAGCCUGUGGAGGUAUGGAGUUCGUAUCGGCAACGGGUCUCGAGAACUCCAUCCAUGGCUCCAUCCGAAGAACCUGGUGCUCUCGAGCGAAACGCUACUCUUCUGUCAGGCGGGAACGCGCUUAGCACCGAUCUGUUUGUGCGCAAUUCUCCUUCCGCAUUUGAACUCCCGGGACCGGGUAAACGCUCCAGCAUCAAUGAGAAAUCACCGAGCGUUCAUCUGAAGGAUCUUCCACCUCCUAUGCAAACUUCACCCCCGCCUUCCGCGAACCCUGCAAAGAAACUUUUCGGAAAAAUGUUUAAAAAGAAUAGCAGGAAUGGAGGGGAUGAUGACAAAUCUCAACCCGCAUCACCUGAGCCCUCAUCAUCAGAGUUUUCUUCCCGAAGCAAACGUUUCUCGGCGCGUAUCGGUGCGCUCUCUGUCCCGCUGUCACCCCAGCCUAGUGUCUUCUCCGGUCGAUCAGGACAUGUAUCCUCUUCGCACUCUCAGCCUCAUGAACCUAUCCUCCAACCCCCUGUUCUUGGAUUACAGGCUGCUCUGCAUUCCAGUCAUUCAGCGCACCCAACGGGACGUCCAGCUCACUACAUCUGGUGCCUACGUAAAUGGGCUAAAGAAAAACAACUCAAUCCAGAUAGCCUCCUGAAAGCUUUAGCUGUUGGGUUCCAUGGGUUGAAUUUGAACUUAUUGGAGAGCCAUGAAAAGAAGCACGGGAAAGACUCCGUUGAUACCUCGUCGACGGGAGACAUUGAAGUUCGGUUCGAAUGGUCUAGGGGGAAAAGUGCAUCGUCCAGAGGGAAGGAGAGAGAGCGACAAGUCAUGUUGAAUUUCAAAAGUCCCAAUCCCCCACGGCGAUCUUCGUUCGUUGAGAACGAAAAUGGACUGUUGCCUCCUGCGACUGGGGAGGAUAGGAAUAGGGAUAUUGAAACGAUGUCCUCGACGUACUCGAAUCAUUCGAGGGCGUCGUUGCACAGUAAUGUUGUGCAACGAUCUCCUAAGUCGGCUGAGUUAGGCCUGACCUUGACACAAGGUGGCGAUGGAGGCGAACGAUCACCGUCUCGGCGACGGUCUCCUACGAUCAGUCGGGACGACGAUACGGGAAUGACAGACGCAGACGAUGGAGAGGCAAAAGAACGUGCUCUUUUGCAGCAACAACGACGACUAUCUGCCUCCGACCCCAAUCCGUCAUCUGGAGACGAUAAUGAUCUUCCACCGCUCCCCACUGAUGGUCGAAUUCGAUUCAAACUCGCCUCACUAGUACCUACACCUCAUCAUCCUAAAAUCCUCGGCCAAUUCAAACUGCCGUUCCCCCUACCUGACGUAGCCAUCACGCCCAACGCUUCCUCAUCCCUAUCUUACCUUCAUUCCAUCAAUUCAACUGCUUCAUUCUCCGCGCCUUAUUCAGACUCCCAAACAUCACCUAUUCCCAUCGCACUGCGGCGAUAUGAGUCAGGAGUGGGUGCUCGAUUUUUACCCAGGACGUUAGCACCUGAUGGAUCGAUAAUGCGUGCAGCUGAUGUGACAGUCAGUGAUGGGAAGGAAGGGGGAGGAGUGGACGUGAGUACAGAGGUUUUGCUCACUGCGGAAGAUAUAAAGGAUGUGGUCAGUUCGACGGGACUUUGGCUUUGUGUUAGGGAGGGAUUUGGUGGACUUGGGAGGACGAAACGGAAGGGGGAUGGGUGGCAUAUUAGGGCAUGAAGUGUGUGCUGUCGUACCGUAGGUGUACGUCAUGUGGGGUUUUUGCG